AGGGUGAAAAAAGGCAGGAAGAGGCGGCCGCCUCCUCAACUUCAACCCCUCAGCCUCAUCUCUCUCUCUCUUUCCUUUCUUUUCCCAUCUUGCCCCGAAAUCGAUCGAAACGAUCUCCAAUCCCUUGAUCUCGUGGUCUUCUUGAUUUCUUUCUCCUUCCCUCGUUCCAAUCUUGGGGUCCAUUCUAUCUUGUUGGAAUCGGAGAUCCAGAUCCUGCGGAUCGGGAUCGGGAUCGGGAUGGCGGCGACGGCGUCGCGGCGGCUUCGGGAUCUCCAGGCCCAGCCAGGGAACAAGACGUGCGUGGACUGCGCUCAGAAGAACCCGCAGUGGGCCUCCGUCUCCUAUGGCGUCUUCAUGUGCCUCGAAUGCUCCGGCAAGCACCGCGGCCUCGGGGUCCAUAUCAGUUUCGUCCGCUCUGUCACGAUGGACUCCUGGUCCGAGAUCCAGCUCAAGAAGAUGGAGGCAGGCGGCAACGACCGCCUCAACGCCUUCCUCGCUCAGUACGGCGUCCCUAAGGAGACCGACAUCUCCGCCAAGUACAACACCAAGGCCGCCGCCAUCUACCGCGACCGGAUCCAGGCCCUUGCCGAGGGCCGCCCCUGGCGGGACCCUCCCGCUGUCAAAGAAAUCCUCACGACCGCCGGCGGUGGCAGCGCCUCCGGGGCGAGGAAGCCGCCAAUCGGUGGUGGCUCCGGUUUCUCGGCUGCGAGCAAUGGGGGAUGGGAUAGCUGGGACAGCGACGAUUUCAGGUCGUCGUCGGACAUGAGGCGGAAUCAGUCGACGGGUGAUUUUAGGGCUGGGGGGAUCGGCGGUGGAGGCGGGAGAGGAGCGCAGCCGGCGAGAUCUAGGUCGACGGAGGAUAUCUACACGAGGGCGCAGCUGGAGGCGUCGGCGGCGAAUAAGGAAAGCUUCUUUGCGAAGAGGAUGGCCGAGAAUGUGUCCAGGCCGGAGGGGAUACCGCCGUCUCAGGGGGGAAAGUAUGUGGGGUUUGGAUCGACCCCUCCUCCAUCUGCUCAGCGGAAUAAUCCACAGGGAGAUGUGGUUCGAGAUCCUGUUUCCGUGGUUUCUCAGGGUCUUGGUCGUCUGUCCCUGUUUGCAGCUUCUGCUGCACAAUCUGCUGCCAAUGUUGUCCAAGCAGGCACAAAAGAGCUGACAUCCAAGGUGAAGGAGGGAGGUUAUGAUCAGAAAGUGAAUGAAACUAUGAGUGUAGUUGCCACAAAAACCACUGAAGUUGGGCAGAAGACAUGGGGAAUCAUGAAAGGUGUUAUGGCGAUGGCAUCACAAAAGGUUGAGGAGUACACCAAGGAUGGGAUGAACUGCAAGGAUGAUGAUUUGCAAAGGCAGGAAGGGGAGAGAAAUGGGUAUUAUCAAAAUUUUGGACAGGAAAACAAGGGCUGGAAUUCCUCGGAAGGGAAUUCCCUCAAACAUUACAACGCUGCCAGCUCCUGGGAUAAUUGGGAUGAGGAAGAAAAGAAAGAACAGCCAGGGAAAGGGACCCAAGGUAGUGAAAGCUGGGCUGGGUGGGAUGACGUGAAAGAUGAUGGUUAUGAUAAUUACAGUUACAGCCCGUCCAGCAAGGGUGCCAACCGGAAUGGUAAAUCUAGUUCUUUGUGGACGGAGGGCGGCUUUCUGUGAGGUUGGAUUGCUUGUCACAACCCGUUUUUCUUUUUUUAAAAUAUUAAAUAUCAGGAAAGUUGUUUUUUUAUGCUAGUUUAUAUUGUUGAUAGCUUUGAGUUAGUGGCCAAUAAUUUCAUUUCUUUUGUAAACAAUCAUCUGAAUAUUCGUACUUUGUACUUUAUUUUUUGCAACUGGGACGGUUGACUAUAUGUAUGAUGCUUGGUUUUUUUAAUGCCAUUUGAUUACUGGAGUA